UUCAUCCUUUUAGUUGUUUUGUUCCUAGUAUUGUAAAAGAACUGAAUGUCUGUGCUGAGAAUUGAAAAAAAUGUAUCAAAUAUGCAUAGUAUUUUUUGUGAUUUUGUCCCUCUUCGAUGGGGGCUUUGCAGAUAACGUCUACAAAGAAGGAGAGGAGGUAACGGUCAACUGUGACACCAAACAGCCCGGCGUCAUUACAUUCUGGUUUCAGAUAAACAAAAGUGGUCUAAAGUAUCUGUUCACCGUUAAAAGCACAGAAAUAAAAGCAAAUGCUGAUCCGAAAAAAUACAAAGUGAACCAAAAUGCUAAGGUUAGUUUGGCUAUUCAGUCUUUUGAGAAAAAUACAGACAGUGGAUUUUACACCUGCGCAGCCAUGAACAACAAUAAACUCUUCUUUGGAGGUCUGACAGAAAUUAAAGGACAACCAGAUCCAGUAUCGCAACCUCCAAAAGAAGAGACAGCACCACCGACAACUACAUCACCCGUGAUUACGACAAAAUCACAGUGUAACUGUAAAAAACCAGACCCGAAGCCUAUCAUCAACUGUGAGACUUGGAUAUUGUCAUCUUUGGCCACUGGUUGUGGUGUUCUCCUUAUUCUGCUGAUCUUCACCAUUUUGCACUGCAACCGUUUAAGAACAAGACGAUGUCCUCACCAUCACAAAAGACAACCCAGACCUGCUGGCCAUGCAAAACUGACCAACAACCCAUUGUGAUUUCAGUAAAGACACAGGAAAUCCAGUACUGUUUAAAGAUAUCUCAGUAAGCACAUGUAAAAGCUGUUGCAUGAUUAUUCAAACUGUACAGCCUAAUCUUUUCAUCUUUCACAGUGAAAAUGUUCAAAACACCACUAUUUCUUUUCCAGUGAGUUUAGAUUUUUGUCAAGUCAUUAUAUUAUUGUAUCGAUCAGGUUUACAUUUAAUAGUAAUCAGACUGUUUUUCUUUAUACGAAUUUUGUUACAAGUGAAAUAUUUAAUGUUUUGAUUCGAUUGGCUUUAUUAAAUGGGGCUUAAGAAGUAAUGUAAAGAAAAUCAUUACAAAAGUAUUUUAAGCUUUAAAUUACAUCAUGUUAAUUGUCGUGUUGCAUUGUAAUCUGUUUACCAGAGAAAUCUGCCAUCUGCUGGCUGUCAGUGUUAUGAAGAACCUCAGAAAGUCUCAUAUAUUCUGCUGAGAUACCAGCUUCACACAACGAAUCUCAUUCCUGCUGAUCUUCAUUUCUACAUUCAGUUAAAUUCAUUUGCAAAUAAACAAAAAUAUAAAGUAAUCAUACUAUACACCCAUAUCAAGUGAUGUGAAGAAUUUCCAAUUAAGCUCUCGAACACCAUUUACCAUUAACAUUUUUUGUAUUAAAGAUAACCCAAAGUUUCUUUGUGGCAGAGCAGAGCACCACCACGUGGACAAAAUACAGAAUUGUGAAUGUUGUAUACAAUGUGUCAGAUGAAUAAAUAUGACCAAAGGUAGCCAUGUA